GAAGACAAACCGGUUCUGUGUACCGUGAUUUGAAUAUGCAAAGCCAAGGAGUGCGUAGCGAGCUCGCUACCUGGAUUGGGCCAACACCCUCGUACUAGAGCAAGUGGUCCAUUCUUGCUGAGCGCCGAGUUAGUUCAUUUGACGUUCUGGGUCGCCUGAAACACAAGCAAGCGGCCGGGCUACUAGACGGGUCGAUAAUUGGCUCCAUUGAACUGUUGAUCGCUGUUUGGAAUUUCUAUUGAUUUUGUGCUUAAUUUGAUCCGACGGUUGUGAAGGUGUGAAUGAACAGGGGUGCCCCCUGAUACCUGGAUAUUUGUGGAGCAAUUUACUACUACAACUAUGAGUGAAGUUGAUAUCAUUGGCAACCAGGCGAGAUCCAAGGAGGGUCGGGGUUUGUCUGUGAGGGGUGGGGACAGUGACAAGUGGAUCACUAUACAGAAGAACACUUUCCAGAAUUGGAUAAACCUCCAGCUUCAUGGGUCUGGCCUGACAGUUGAGAACCUACAGGAGGACCUGUGUGAUGGGGUCAAGCUAUGUACCCUCGUGUCAGCCUUACAACAGAAACCAAGCAUCGGAAGAGUCAUCAAGAAACCAAAUAACCCGCAUCAGUUCCUGGAAAAUGUCACUCUCGCUUUGAAUGCCAUCGCCGCCGACAAUAUUCGGCUUGUCAACAUCGGAAGUGAAGACAUCGUGAAUGGCAGCCUCAAGUUGAUUCUUGGCCUCAUAUGGCACCUGAUUCUCCGAUACCAGAUCGGUAAAACCAAGUUCCCACCGAAGAAGUUGAUGUUGGCAUGGCUGAAGGCAGUAGUUCCAGACUGCCAAAUCACAAACUUCACAUCAGACUGGAAUGAUGGCGUCAACCUACACGCCGUCAUUGACUACUGCCAACCUGGCCUGUGUCCAGAUUGGCGUCAGCUCAGUAGACAGAACAGACUAGACAACUGUCGCAAUGCCAUGAUGAUUGCCCAGGACAAGUUUGACAUCCCAUUGGUUGUCCGGCCUGAAGACCUGGCAUCACCUCACCUGGACGACCUGUCAGGCAUGACCUAUCUGUCCUACUUCAUGAACGUCGACUCUCCGGGCUACCUCGCCACGCUUCGUAACGUCAAUGCCAUCAAUACCCAGGGAGGCAGAAUCGAUGAUUUCAGUAGUAGCUGGAAUGAUGGGACCCACCUGUGCAACUUGGUGAAGUCUCUUGGGCAGAACCCUGGUUCCAUCAGUCCCAACCACGUGGACAAUAUACAGACAGGUAUUGACUGUGGGCGGCGACUAGGUGUGGAACCAAUUCUCUCAGCAAAGGAGAUGGCUGACCCCGAGGUUGAGCACCUCGGCAUCAUGGCAUAUGCUGCUUACUUCACCCAUCUGAAGCCUGUCAAAUCACUUGCAGACAAGGCAAUCAUCGAUGGGAACUUCAGUAAUGUUUAUGUUGGUCAAGAGAAAACCUUCCGCCUGAACAUUGAUGAUGAUGUUUCGGCUGGUGACUUCCGCGCUGAGGUCAUCGGACCCGAUUCCAUCCCCCCUGUAAGGUUGAACUGGUCUGGACGCACUGCCACAGGAUCAUUCACCCCCUCCGAGAUGGGGCAACAUAGGCUAAAUGUGUAUUGUGUGAACGAGCCCCUCGCCUCUUGCCCAAUACCAUUCAAGGUAUCUUCAGACAGGUCAAAGGUCACCUUCCACCCAGUAGACAGGUGUCCUGUAGGUGUCAUCACAGAAUUGAAGGUGGACACGUCGUCAGCUGGCCAGGGAGACAUCCGUAUGGAGGUGGAGACGCCUAAUGGCCAUACCAUGAACCUCCCUGUGGUCUACAGGCAGAGCAUGUACACCGCCAACUUCACCCCCGCAGAAGUCGGUGACCAUCGUAUAUUUGUCCACUACGACAAUGAACAAAUAGUUGGAAGUCCAUUUGUGGCCAAGGCUUUUGACCCGUCCAAGGUGAAUGUGUAUGGCCUGGAGGGAGGUUCGGUGGGCCGAGCACUCAGCUUCACAGCUGACAGCCAGAGUGCAGGCGAGGGGGAGGUGUCCGUCGUUGUCGCCCACAACGGAGUGACCAUCCCCAGUCAGGUGAUCACCCGACAGAACGGGAAGCACAACAUCGACUUCACCCCCCAGGGUGCUGGAGUCUACCGGGUGCAGAUGUACUACAACAACGUGGAGAUCCGAGGGUCCCCCUACACUCUGGAGAUUGUGGACUCUAGCAUGGUCAGUGUGUCCGGCGAUGGCCUCAGCCUUGUCCCAGUCAACAAGACGGCCAGCUUCAACGUCCACACCCGAGGCGCUGGGGGCGGCAACGUCAGCGUUGACAUCACUUCACCUAAUGGAGACACAGUGCCAUGUGACCUCAGUUCGGACAGUGGCGGGGUCUUGGUGGCCGAGUACUUCCCAACUGUGGUCGGGGACCACACCCUACGAGUUUUGUGCAAUGGCACGGAGAUAGCCGACAGCCCAUAUAUUGUCAAAACAUACGACACAUCAGCCAUUACUGUGACGGAUCUGCCCGACGGAUAUGUGUCACAACCAAUCAUCUUCUCAAUUGAUGUGAGUCAAGCUGGAGAGGGCCAGCUUCAGAUCAUGGUGAACAACGGGAACCUGCCAAACGAUGUGGAGAUGGUGCAGUCGGGUGUGUACAGAAUCUCCUUCGUUCCCGUGGAGCCAGGAGUGCAGACUGUCGACAUCAGCUUCAAUGACGAGGCUCUGCCAAUGUCCCCCCUGACAUGCAACGCUGUGGACCUCAGAGCCUCCAUCAUGGAAAUCCCAACCUUGCAGCCGGUAGAGACACAGUCCACCUUCCUCAUCAGGUCUCUCGCCAGUGAUGCCUCGGUCGCCGUGGAGCUCAUGGCACCAUCUGGACAACAAGUUCCUGCAAGGAUAUCAGGCAAUGGCACCAAUGGCUACACUGUUGAAUACACCCCUCGAGAGAUCGGUACAUACAUAGUAACGGCAAGCCUCUCAGGAAUACAAAUCAAGGGCAGCCCAUUCCGCGUUAAGACCUACGACCCCAGUCUGGUCAAGGUCUCAAAGAUACCGCAAGGGGUGGUGGGCACACCCACAAAGUUUAUUGUUGAUGCAUCAGCUGCGGGCGAAGGCACUCUGGAAAUUGCCGUGUCUGCUAAUGGUCGCAACAUUCCCAACCAAGCUCGGGCUCUUGGUGGGGGACGGUUUGAAGUGUCGUUUGUUGGCAGGGAGGCCACACGACACAAAGCCGUCCUUACGUACAACGGAGAACACAUCCCAGGUAGCCCAUUCUGGGUGGACUUCAUGGAUGCCAGUCAGAUCACUGCCACAGGGGAGGGCCUGAGUCUUGUCCCUUGUCAUCGACAGACACAUUUCACUGUCAACGCCCCCGGUGCAGCCCUGCCAGACCUCAAUAUCAGACUGACAGGUCCGGAUGGGCGGGAGGUCCCGACCCGGAUCCGGGACGUAAAGGGAGAUCAGCACUACAGGGUCGAGUGGACGCCCACUAGCAUAGGUGACUACAAGGCUGUAAUUGAGUAUGCCGAUAUGCCAAUCAAAGGGAGCCCCUUCACUGUGAAGGCCUUUGAUGCUGCCAAUGUGAAAAUCUCCAAGAUAAAUCAAGGCUUCUUGGGAAGGCCCAAUUCUUUUACAUUGGAUGCCAGUGAGGCUGGUGAUGGCAACCUGGAGAUACAGGUGACGGCAGACGGGGAGAGCGUCCCCAACUACGUCCGCCAGGAGUCUGACACCAACUUCCGUGUCAGCUUCACCCCACAGCGAGCCUCCAAGCACCACAUCAGCGUUUGCUUCAAUGGAGAACCUGUGCCAGGCAGCCCUUUCAGCUGCGGUGUGGUUGACAGCGACCGAAUCCAUGUGUCAGGGGAGGGCAUCAAGAUGGUGCCAGCUAAUGUCCUCACCACUCUCAAGGUCGACCCCAAGGGCGAGGGGGACGGCGACCUCAGUGUCAGGGUCUUCACUCCAAGUGGACAUGAAGUUCCAGUUCGAGUGUCCGGCAAUGCUCGGUCAGCCUUCCGGGCAGACUACACGCCACACGAGAUCGGUCUGUACAAGGUGCAUGUGGAGUACAGUGGCGUGGAGAUCAAGGGCAGCCCCUUCACCUGUAACGUGUACGACCCCUCCCUCAUCAGGGUGACCAGCCCUGGGCGUGGCUACCUCGGCAGACCCAUCCACUUUCAGAUUGACACCUCAGCUGCUGGAACUGGUGACCUUGAAGCAGAGGUCAAAUGUCGUGGGAGCAAUGUGGCCAGUCAUAUCCGAGAGAUUGGGCGGGACCGCUAUGAGUUGAGCUUCACUCCACGUGACCUGUCCAACCACAUAGUGACCAUCCUGUUUAAUCGCUUUCCUCUCCCAGGGUCCCCGUAUCAUGUUGACAUCAUCGACAGCAACAGCGUUACCAUGAGCGGUGAGGGACUACACACAGCCCACGUGUACAAGGAGACAUGGUUUAACCUUGACCUUCAUGGCAUGGAUGAGAAUGACCUUGAAGUUCAUAUCACCAGUCCAUCUGGGUCAGAGAUCCCAUGCCGCCUCAGUAAGAAGGGCCACGUGUGUCGGGCGGAGUACACUCCCUUGGAAGUUGGACAGCACAUGAUUGACGUGUACUUUGCUGGCACUAGACUCCAAGGCAGUCCCUUCGUCAGCCAGGCGUUACGACCCCAGUCUCGUGCGCAUCACGGACGUAGACAAGACAGCCAAGAAGGAAAGGGAGAUUGCAUUCAUAGUUGAUGCCUCACAAGCUGGGGUUGGUGACCUUGACGCUGUAGUCACCCACCAUGGACACAACGUCCACACCUACCGUGAGACUAUUGGCGACGGUCGCUACAGAUACACCUUCACACCUACUGAAGUGGGACACUACGAUGUCAAUGUCAAGUUUAAUGAUGAACAGAUU